CCAGUAAGUGUCUCCCGGACGCUGCGAUGCAGCUUCUCCCGGAGUCAGCUCCCCGCCCCGCCUGGUGGAAGCUCGGGGGACCAGCGGGGUCGAGUGGGAGGGUUUACGAUUUAACAGUGCCGUUUCCGGGAGGCGGAGCUCAGGCACCCAUUUUCUUUCUCUUGCCGAGUUGAGAUCGACUCGCUGCUGGGCCCCAGUGCUUUGGAGACCCCACGUCGACCCCCUUGAGCAGCCUGUCCGGGCCCGGCCGCAGCAUGGGCGGCGCGCGGGACGUGGGCUGGGUUGCGGCAGGCCUGGUCUUGGGCGCCGGCGCCUGCUACUGCAUUUACAGACUGACCCGCGGCCAGCAGCGGGGUAGCGGUGGGCGCCGGCUUCGCCCUUCGCUGUCCGCAGAAGACUUAACCAGUGAUUCAUGUGAUGAUGUUCUAAAUGCUGAACAACUUCAGAAACUCCUUUACCUGCUUGAAUCAACUGAGGAUCCUGUAAUUAUGGAAAGAGCCUUGGUCACUCUGGGCAAUAAUGCAGCCUUUUCAGCUAACCAAGCUGUUAUUCGUGAAUUAGGUGGUAUUCCAAUUGUUGGAGACAAAAUCAACAAUCCAAACCACAGUAUUAAAGAGAAAGCCUUAAAUGCACUAAAUAACCUGAGUGUGAAUGUUGAAAAUCAAAUCAAAAUAAAGAUAUACAUCAAACAAAUCUGUGAGGAUGUCUUCUCUGGUCCCCUGAACUCUGCUGUGCAGCUUGCUGGACUGAGAGUGUUAACAAACAUGACUGUUACCAAUGACCACCAGCACAUGCUGAAAAGUUACAUUACAGACCUGUUCCAGGUGUUACUUACUGGAAAUGGAAACACAAAGGUUCAAGUGUUGAAGCUGCUUUUAAAUUUGUCUGAAAACCCAGCCAUGACAGAGGGACUACUCAGAGCCCAAGUGGAUUCAUCAUUCCUUUCCCUUUAUGACGGCCAUGUAGCUAAGGAGAUUCUUCUUCGAGUACUCACACUAUUUCAAAAUAUAAAUAACUGCCUCAGAAUGGAAGGUCAGUUAGCUACUCAGCCUCCUUUCUCUAAAGGUUCAUUGUUUUUCUUGUUAUAUGGAGAAGAAUGUGCCCAGAAGAUGAGAGCUCUAGUUUAUCAUCAUGAUGUGGAUGUGAAAGAAAAGGCUCUAACAAUAAUACCAAAAUUCUGAUUGGUUGAUCAUAUUUUUCCAAAGAGUAAUGCAGUCUGGAAGUUAAUACACCAAAAAUUAUUUUCCAUUUUCCUUAUAGAGGGAUCCUUUCAGCUAUUGAAUGUGAGCAGCAAAUAUCACUUUUCAUCUUUAACACAGUACAGGUGAAACAUCUCUAAUCUGACACAAUGCUCAAAAUUUGAGAUUCUGGAGCAUUUCGGAUUUGGGGUUUGGGGAUUAAGAAUGUUUAACCAGUAAGUCUAUUAUGCAAAUAUUCCAAAGUAUGAAAAAUUCCAAAAUCUGAAAUACUGUUCUCAAGUAUUUCAGAUAAGGAAUACUCAACCUGUAUAACUUGCUAUGGUUUUCAGGCUUAUUUUGGACCAUUUAUUGAUACCAAGUGAAUAUAAGAGCUUGAACUAAGACCAGUUAUUUCACUAUAUGCUGAGAUAUUUUAGUUAUUUCCUCUACAUAAACAGUAACCUUCUAUCUUUUUUUUGGGGGGGGGGGAGGGGGGGUAUUGGGAAUUGAACCCAGAGUGCUUAACCACUUAGUCACAUCCCCAGUACCCCACCCCCUGCUUUUCUUUUUCUUUUUUGAGAUAGAGUUUCUCUAAGUUGCUGGCUAGCCUGGAAUUUGUGACCCUCCUGCCACAGCUACCCAAGCUACUGGGAUUACAAGUAUGCACCAUCACACCUGGCCCCCUCUAUUCUGAACUGAUUUGCAGUUACUCUUAUGAGACGGCAUUGGUUUGUGAUUAAUUCAUUGUUUCUGAACUACCAUAGAAUGGCCCUGUUUUUUUAAUAGCAAUGAGAUCUUGAGCUCUCAAGUCCACCUGCCAACCCAGCCAUACUGCUUUCAAAGGUCUUUUAAUUAUCAGAAUCUGUUCUCAUCAGCCAGGCACAGUGACACAUGCCUGUAAUCCCAGUGGUUUGUGAGGAUGAGGCAAGAAGAUCACAAAUUCAAAGCCAGCCUCAGCAAUUUAGCAAAGCCCUAAGCAACUCAGCGAGACCCUGUCUCUAAAUAAAACUAUUAAAAAGGGUUGGGGAUGUGGCUCAGUGGUCAAGUGCCCCUGGGUCUGAUUCCUGCCCCCCAAAAAAUCUAUUCUCAUCAUUUCUAGAUAAUGAAAAAUGUAAACUUUUAGGGGAAAAUGUUUUUUAGUAUUCACCCACUCCCCUUCAGUAAGCUAAUUAUAAAGAUAUUACAUGUAAAAUACUGGGAUCAAUCAAAAUGUCCAUCCAGUAGGCAACUGGUUAAAUCAAUUAGCCAGUCUUUUAAAAAAGAGAAAAAUUAAGUGAACCUGAAUGUGCUGCUGUAGAAAGACAUCCAUGAAAUAUGGUUGCUUUUAAAGUACAUGUAAAAGACUGUAUGUACAUUAUGAUCCCAUGAAUGGUUUUUAAAUGCAAAAUAUUUAUGCUUAUAAACUCCUGGAGCGAGGCUGGGAUAUGGGAAUGUCACUUAACCUAUGCAUACCUAUUUCUACUGUUUGAAUUUUUUUUACUUUGAUCAGAAAUUGUAUAGUUGUUUUUUUUUUUAAUAAAAAGUCACAAGUCUGUACAUA